AUGGCAUCGUCAAAUCCAUGGGGAAAGCAACCGUCAAAACACAAUGGAACCCCGUCUGGUGUGCCCGGAGCACAACCGGAAAAGCUUUCGACCGUUUCCUCGACAACACAAUACCAAGAAAUCCAGGAAGAUGAGCUGAUUGCUCUAGCAUCAAUUUACGGCGAUGACUUUGUCAAAGCAGAGACAACUCAAGGGGCAUGGAAGAAAGCGGAGCCUGCAUUUUCAAUUCAUGUAAGGUCAUCUGAUGAUGAUAUCAGUGCCAUAUUGAAUGUUGUUUUUACUGCCACUUAUCCAAAAAGUCCUCCAUUAUUGACAUUGAGGUUUGAGAAAGACAUAAGCGAGGGCACACGCUUCAAGCUUCAGAAGAUCAUUGAGAACAAACCGAAGGAGUUAGUCGGCGAAGAACAAGCUAUGAUCAUGGAAAUUGUUAACGCUUGUUAUGAUGUCCUCGAGGAUGCAGCGCAAGCCAAAUCCACUGGUUCUGAAUUGCCAAGCCUCGAGGAAGAACGUGCUGCUCACGAGAUUGCUGCAGUGAAAUUAGCAGAACAGCAAAAAGAAGAGGAAACAAAGAAAAAGCAAAUGGAUAAUUUAGAAGAGGAGCGUAUGUUAGGAUCCUUAGUACAAGAUGAAAUCAAGCGUCAAAAAGCAAAAGCCAAGGAGACGAAACGCAAGAGCCGACCACCAGGAACAAUUGUUCCCCAAGCUUCGAUCGAAAAUGGGUCAUUCAAGCCUGCCGAUGAGCUGAUUGCAUUUGAUCAGCCAAUAGCCUUUGUGGACGCUGCAGGAGACACGUUACAUUUUCAGGUUGUGGCCAACAAAUUCUGUAUAAGACGUGGACCAGUGUCCAGCUGCUCUACCGUCAGGCCAGUGGUUCAUGGAGUUGAUGUGCCGACUCUCGCACUAAAAGAAACAGAUUUACGGCCGAACACGAAUGAGCAGAGCACGUUCAAGAAGCAACUACAGAUUUUGGAAACUGAGCUGAAAGCGCUCAAGGAAAUAAGACAUCAAGGCAUUUUGACCAUCCUCGACUUCAAAAUACAGAAAAUCAUUGAAGCAGAUAGCUCUAUAGACUCAAUCUGGACGGUGAGUGUGUUGACUGAGUUUGCAGAAAAAGGUUCUCUUGAAGAAUUCCUGGAUAUUGCCGGAAGCCUUAGUACUGCAAAAGUUCGAUCAUGGACGAUCGAGCUUCUUGAUGCUCUCAGAUUUAUGCAUGAAAACGGCAUAAUUCAUGAGAACAUACACACUGGGAACGUUCUUCUAGUGCGGGAGCCUGAUGGGGAUGUGAAACUAAAGCUUGCUGAUGCUGGUUAUCAAAGGAAGCUGCAUAGCUUGAGCGACAAGAAGCCAAAAAAGGAUUCCAUGUCUGUGGGCAAGUCGGCAUAUUGGGCUGCCCCGGAAAUAUCAAAUUCCAAUCAACCUACUUAUACUCAGAAGAUCGAUAUGUGGGACUUUGGCAUUGUAUUUCUUCAAAUGGCUUUUGGUCCAUCAGUCAUCAAAAAGUACGCUUCACCCUCAAAUUUGGCAAAUUCUUUGUCUUUAUCGGACUCCUUUGCCGAAUUCAUUGGCAAGCUCUUCAAGACAGACCCUAGAAAACGGCCACGCGCAUUUGAGCUGAGUUCCUCUGAGUUUCUCGCUACGGAUGCCGAGUUGUUGCAUGUAGAAGUUUCUUCUCCUUCUCUUUCUCGAUUUGGGUCGGUGUCUUCAUUGCCAUUGCAUACGCCCCGCCGUCGCCAUGACUCGAUGAAUGCCUAUUCAGGACCCGCGUCCAGAUACAAGGAAGAUUUCGUUGAAGAAGGACGUCUUGGGAAAGGCGGCUUUGGUGAAGUCGUGAAGGCCAGGAAGAAAUUAGAUGGUCAAAUUUAUGCCAUCAAGAAGAUCACCCAGAAGUCGUCUGCUUCUCUGACUGAGGUAUUAAAAGAGGUCCGCUUAUUGUCCCAACUUAGCCAUCCUUCAGUUGUCCGUUAUUACAAUACAUGGACCGAAGAGAUAUUUGACGCUUCCGAGAGGGACGAUGACACUAGUACUGAAGCGGCCACGAACGACUUUUCUGCAAGUGUGAUAUCACCCGGAGGCGAUUUCAACAUAGAGUUUGCAAACAGCACUGGAGCGCCAGAUGGAGGUUUGGACUUUAUCUCUUCGCGCGGGUAUCCCCCGAUUGAGUUUGGUUACGACGAUAAUUCAGACUCUGAAUCUGAGGACGAUGACCAGUCCACAAGCUCUAGCAAUCAGAAUGCUAUCAGCAGCUCUGAAGAUGUACAUCGUCUUGCUUUGAGAAGAAGCAGGUCGGAUUCGCGAUACCGUCGCUCAUUCCGGACUGUCCUAUACAUUUCUAUGGAGUACUGCGAUAAGAGGACCUUGCGGGAUAUUAUCAAAAGAGGGCUUCACAAAGAAGACGACGAGAUGUGGCGUCUUUUGCGUCAAAUACUAGAAGGUCUUGUCCAUAUUCAUGGCUUGAACGUUGUGCAUCGAGAUCUCAAACCAGAGAACGUCUUUAUAGAUAGUACGUCGAGUGUCAAAAUAGGUGAUUUUGGAUUAGCUACUAGCGGCCAAUAUUCUAUGAUGGACCGGCAGACAUCAGCUGUGCCAAAUGCGCUGAGUGGAGAAAUGACAAAAAGCAUUGGAACUGCAUUUUAUGUAGCGCCAGAAGUUUCAUCAAGUAACGGGGUCGGAUCAUACACGAGCAAAGUAGACAUGUACUCUCUAGGAGUGAUAUUGUUUGAGAUGUGCUACAGGCCAUUGUUACCAGGCAUGGAAAGAGCAGAAAUUGGGAAAAACCUGCGAUUAGAAAGGCCUUCACUACCAAAGGACUUUGAUUUUGUCGGUAAACACGUUCAAGCAGGCAUAAUACAGUCGUUACUGGCACGAAACCCAAAGGAACGUCCGUCAAGCGCAGAGUUACUACAAGGAGGGAAACUCCCGGUUCAGAUGGAAAGCGAGACAAUACGGCGUGCGUUAGCUGGUUUAUCAGAUUCGGAAUCACCUUACUACCAGAAGAUGAUGAGCACAUUAUUUGCGACAACAAAUAAGCAAGCCAAAGACUUUGCCUGGGACAUUGAUACUACAAUACAAUCCUCUUCUGAUCUUUUGCUUCAAGGUCUCGUCAAGCAGCAACUGAUAGAAAUUUUUCGACACCACGGGGCAGUUGAAACGCCUCGUAGCAUGCUGUUCCCUCGGUCUAAACAUUAUGGGUCAAAUGCGGUCCAGUUGUUGGAUGCGAAUGGCACUUUAUUACAAUUGCCUUUUGAUCUUACUCUCCCUCAUGCUCGCUCCUUAGCAAAGCAUGAACCUUCCGUUUUACGAAGCUUUGCUUUUGGUUCAGUCUUUCGAGAUAAUCAGUCAGGCGGCCAACCGUUCACCGUUGAUGAAGUUGAUUUUGAUAUUGUGUCUCCUGAUACACUGGAUUUAGCACUCAAGGAAGCCGAAGUCAUUAAAGUUUUGGAUGAAAUUGUCAUCAGUAUCCCAACUCUUGACUCUGCGCAUAUGUGCUUUCAUAUUAACCACUCCGAUCUGCUAGGUCUCAUAUUUGAUCACUGCAGGAUAGAAGAGAAUAUACGAGAGAAAGUCUCCGACACACUCAACAGGCUCAAUAUCGGGGCGUGGAGCUGGCAAAAGAUCAAGAACGAACUAAGAUCACCUAUGGUCGGAGUAUCCGCCACAAGUGUCGACGAUCUACAGAACUUCGACUUUCGAGAUACACCCAGCAAAGCUUUUUCAAAACUGAAGACCUUGUUCGAGGGCACAAGCACAUUUGGCAACGCGUCACCUGUGAUCGCCCAUCUCCGUGAAGUAAUUGACUACACAAAACGGUUUCAAGUACGAAGUAAGAUAUAUGUCAGCCCUCUUUGUAGUAUCAAGGAACGGUUCUGCAAAGGAGGUGUAGUGUUCUCUUGCUUGUAUGGUAAGAAGGUCAAAGAUGUUUUUGCUGCCGGAGGUAGAUACGAUAGCUUGGUGAAAGAGCAUCGGCACAAGAUAGGAACCAGUUUCCAGCAGCGCCAUGCUGUAGGGUUUAAUCUGGGUCUAGAAAGACUUGUAAAGCAUCCGAGGAGUAGGCAUAAGGCUUCAUCUAAAAGGGUAGAAGAGGACGUUAGUGGAAUUUGGAGUACGAAAAGGUGCGAUACUCUUGUUGCGUCUCACGAGCCCGAGAUUCUUAGAACCACUGGAGUCGAAGUCCUCCAAAACCUUUGGAGUAAUGAUAUAAGUGCCGAAUUAGCACAAGAUUGUCGGUCACCAGAAGAUCUGCUUUCUAGAUACCGUGACGAGCAUUACUCGUGGAUCAUCACGAUCAAGCAAGACUCAAUCUUUAAGGUCAAAACAAUGGAUCGGAAAGAUGCUGGCGAUACUGAUGUUUCCUCGACCCAGCUCAUUCCUUGGCUCAAGGCAGAAAUCCGAGAACGAGACCAUAAGGAGCCGAAUAAUAACCCGCGCGGCAAACUUUUGCGGCACCCGAGUCAGCCAGAGUAUUCAGGUCCUGCAGAACAUGAGCAGGAUGUGCGUGUUCUCGUGGGAAGUUCCAAGAGCAAGAAGUCAAAUAGAAAGAUAAUCAUAGAGCAAGCUCAGGCGAAGGCUGCCAGCUUGGUGCAGACGUUUCUCGAUGGUCCUAUUGCUGCUAUAGAGACAACCGACCAGGUUAUGGAGCUGAUACGGGAGACGAAGUUGUCUGACCCAGAUAGUUGGAGAAAGUUAAGUCACGCGGUCCCAAACAACGACAGAAGGUACAUUACGGAGCUGCACGACUUGAUGGAGCUCAUGGCGAAGCAGAACCAGGACAAAACGAAGAGUGCUUUCAUUUAUAAUUUCAGAACGGGCACUUGCAUAUAUUAUGACUUGGAAGCCUAA